UCCAUGUCCGUGCCGGAUCCCGUCUCCGCCCCCCUCGCUGGCGCUCCACCCACCGGCGCCUCCGGAGUCGGGCUCGGCUAUGGCAUCGCCAUUGCCGUCGGCAUCCUCGUCCUCGUCUCCACCAUCAUGCUAGCCUCCUACCUCUGCGUCCGCGUCAAGGGUGGCCCCCGACGACGCCACUCCUCUCUCCCCAUCACCGCCGCUGCCGCACCCGACGUGGCCGCCAACGCCACCGCCACGGCGGAGGCCGCCUCCGCGGUGGGUCUGGAUCGAGCGGCCAUCGAGGCCUUCUACCCGCGGUUCGCGUACGGACCGGGAGGCGCCGAGCCCAGCGGGCCGUGCCCGAUCUGCCUGGCGGAGUACGAGACCGGCGAGGCACUCCGUCGAGCCCCCGACUGCGGCCACUGCUUCCACGCGGAAUGCGUCGACGAAUGGCUCCGCGUGAGCGCCACCUGCCCGCUCUGCCGCAGCUCGCCGGUGCCGUCAGCGGCCUCCACGCCGGUCGCCACCCCGCUCUCCGAGCUGAUUCCGCUGGCCGCGCACGCCCGCUGACGGGGUCUCCAGCUGCUGAUCAGGUCGCGACCGGCGGUGCAGCAGCGAAAGCGGUGAGGGUAGUUAAGCGUCAUCAAUGCUCUGGAUGUUUUUGUUCGCUUUUCUUUCUUCUAUUUUUUUCUCUUUACUCUCAUGUGUUGUCCUUUAUUAAUUUU